CUAAAUGGUCACUUCAAAGUGGAGAAAAACACACACGGUUGGUUCAUUCUCUCUCUUUUCUUUUUCCUCAAAAAGUUGAAAAAGAAUAAAGGGGGAGCAAUCGAGUGAAGUUGUUGCUCUUCAAUAGUAAACUUACCUAUGGAAGAGGGAAGGGUUGUGAGUGAGUACACAAAAGAUGGAACUGUGGAUCUUAAAGGGAAACCCAUUCUCAAAUCCAAAAGUGGUGGUUGGAAAGCAUGCUCCUUUGUUGUUGUGUACGAGAUAUUUGAAAGAAUGGCUUAUUAUGGAAUAUCAUCAAAUUUGAUACUGUAUCUGACAAGGAAGCUUCACCAAGGCACUGUGACCUCUUCCAACAACGUCACCAAUUGGGUUGGCACCAUUUGGAUAACUCCUAUCUUAGGAGCCUACGUUGCCGAUGCUCAUCUUGGUCGCUUUUGGACUUUUCUCAUUGCCUCAGUCAUCUAUUUAUUGGGUAUGUCUCUACUUACGCUAUCGGUGUCCCUUCCAAGCCUAAAGCCACCAGAGUGCCAUGAAUUGGAUGUGACAAAAUGUGAAAAAGCCUCCACACUACAUCUAGCUGUGUUCUAUGGUGCACUCUACACUCUUGCACUAGGAACCGGUGGAACCAAGCCAAACAUUUCCACAAUUGGUGCUGACCAAUUUGAUGACUUUGACUCCAAAGAGAAGAAGCUCAAGCUCUCCUUCUUCAAUUGGUGGAUGUUUAGCAUCUUCAUUGGGACCCUCUUUGCAAAUUCUGUUCUGGUCUAUAUACAAGACAAUGUGGGGUGGACUCUUGGGUAUGCUCUUCCCACUCUUGGACUUGCAAUAUCAAUCAUCAUAUUCUUGGCAGGCACACCCUUUUAUAGACACAAAUUGCCCACGGGGAGUCCAUUCACUAAGAUGGCCAAGGUCAUAGUGGCUGCUAUAAGGAAAUGGAAAGUGCAUAUUCCUAGUGACACUAAAGAACUUUAUGAGCUUGAUUUGGAAGAGUAUGCCAAGAGAGGGAGAGUCAGAAUUGAUUCCACUCCAACCUUGAGGUUCCUCAACAAGGCAUGUGUCAACACCGAUUCAAGUACUAGUGGAUGGAAGCUAAGCCCUGUUACCCAUGUGGAGGAGACCAAACAAAUGCUAAGAAUGAUCCCAAUCUUGGCUGCUACAUUGAUCCCUAGUGCAAUGGUUGCACAAAUAGGUACCCUUUUUGUGAAGCAAGGGAUUACACUUGACAGAGGCAUUGGCAGCUUCAAUAUACCCCCGGCAAGUUUAGCCACAUUUGUGACUCUAUCCAUGCUUGUAUGUGUGGUGCUCUAUGACCGUUUCUUUGUCAAGAUCAUGCAAAGGUUUACCAAGAACCCUAGAGGGAUAACCCUUCUCCAAAGGAUUGGAAUUGGCCUCAUAAUCCACAUAGUGAUUAUGGUGAUUGCAUCUCUAACUGAAAGGUAUAGACUUAGAGUGGCCAAAGAACAUGGGCUAUUAGAAAAUGGAGGACAAGUUCCUUUGAGCAUUUUCAUCUUGCUUCCUCAAUAUGUUCUUAUGGGAGCAGCUGAUGCGUUUGUCGAGGUUGCCAAAAUCGAGUUUUUCUAUGACCAAGCCCCAGAAAGCAUGAAGAGCCUUGGCACUUCCUAUUCAAUGACUACCUUAGGCAUUGGGAAUUUCCUAAGCACUUUUCUUCUCACAACAAUUUCACAUGUCACCAAGAAACAUGGCCACCGAGGAUGGGUUUUGAACAACUUGAAUGCUUCUCAUCUUGACUACUACUAUGCACUUUUGGCCAUACUAAACUUGGUGAACUUCGUAUUCUUCAUGGUUGUGACAAAGUUCUAUGUGUAUAGAGCUGAAAUUUCAGAUUCCAUAAAAGUGCUUGAGGAAGAGCUCAAGGAAAAGACAUCAAACCAGGUGAUUCCAAGAGAUUAAUUAGAUAUUUGAAAGUAGAAGAUGUGAUAUAUGUCAGCCAAAAUUUCAGAAACAUGCAUGAUGCUUGGGAUGGUUUAGAUAAUUUGAAGCCAUUUUUUAGAAGAAAUGGAGAAUAUAUAUGUCAUGGGCGAUAGGGUCUUUAAUGUGUGAUAUAAUUUGGACUUCACUCUUCAAGAAACGUCACGUUCAUUGUGGAAAGAACAAAGUAGAAGUGAAUAUUUAAUUUUUUUUAUCAAUGUGUAAACAUGUAGGCUCGAAUACCUAUGUGAUACCUAUUAUUGGUGGAUAUUUGUCUUAGCUAGUGUUUUUUUUAAAUGAAUAUAUAUUUUUUUUCGAAAACUCUACUAGGAAACUGUUGAAAGA